AAGAAGUUAUAUGAAUGAAUUGGAAACACCCUCGCCUCCGAAGUCCUAGCAUUUCUCUCAUGUUUUCCAUGGCCACCAAUGCCACUUAGCCCCCAAAUCCAGGGCCUCUCUUAUCCUUGAAGAAUUGGAAACCUUGGCUUUUCCAUCAUUUCCUAUUUUCCCUCCCUAUAUAUGAAUGGAUGAAUGUAAAUAUCGGCACUCACUGCUCUUGUAGCCAAUACCCGUCCGUCUCGGACGCCUGCGGUUCCAGCCCGGUUCGGCCGUACUUGCCGGUUAUGGAGGAAACAGGGUUUGAUGGGGUUACGCCUUUUCGUUGUGUACCGCGGUUCAUCAUGUGCGUUGUAUCCGGAGCUCUUACGGGCUUCGUCGCUGUUGCUGGAGGUUUCACAGGAGCUAUUGCUGGUGCUCUAGCUGGUAAGGCUUCCGACAGUGGUGUCCUUCGUGGGGCUGGACUUGGCGCCAUUGCUGGGGCUGUGCUCUCUGUAGAGGUUUUGGAGGCUUCCCGUGCUUACUGGUGUCUGGAACGAUAUGGAUCGCGGAGUUCAUCAUCAAUGGCAGAUUUCAUGGAGGAGCUUUUUCAUGGGAGGUUUGUAGAGGAACAAUUUACACCGGCAAUGUUAACUGCUCACCGCUGGCAGGUUAGCAUUGCUAAUAUAGGCUAUGAUGAGACUCCUGAUGUAUCCAGAGGAUUGUCAGACGAUUCACUGAGGAGAUUACCUUGUCAUGUGAUCUUGGAGGAAAUCGAGGCAGCACAAAGUAUCAGUUGUAGGAUAUGUCUGCAGGAUAUUGAAGUAGGAGAAAUUGUAAGACGCUUGCCCCGGUGUCAUCACAUUUUUCAUUUGAAAUGUGUGGACAAAUGGCUCAUCAAACAAGCUUCAUGCCCUAUAUGCAGAAAGGAAGUAUAAAUAUGUAUAUAUGUAUAUGAUCCUAUUUUUGUAUAGAGAGAAGAUCCCUGUAUUAGUUUGUUUGUUUUUCUUUUACUUGAUAUCUAAUGUUUGUAAUUUAGUGUUUGUAUUUUUAAGGUAGUUACCAGAGAAUAUAGUUGAAAUACAAAUUUAAUUUAUAUUCUAUCCCUGUAUGUUUGCCUUGGAUGAUGGAGAUAAAAGCUCUUUGCAAGCUAUAGAGAUGCUAAGAUUGCGACUUAUUGGCAAA